GCCAGCUGAUCAGUCAGCAGCAGACUGCACACACACCCACCCACCAUGCCUUCCCCGAUCCCCGUCACCCGCUUGCUCCCCAAAGAUUUCUACCCCUUCCUGGACCUGGAGACCUGCAGCAGCCCGCUGACCAGAAACCCCGGAUCCACCUUACAGGUUCCCGUCCAGCGGCUCCACGGAAAGGUCGCCAGCCGGCUCUGGUCCACGGUGAUCCACUGGAAGGAACUGCGCUCCGUGCAGCCUGCGGGAUCCGGAGGGUUCGGAUCCGUCUACAAAGCGGAUUACUUCGGAGAGACUGUAGCGCUGAAGAAAGUCAAGAAGUGCACCAAAAACAAGCUGGCGUCCCGGCAGAGCUUCUGGGCCGAGCUGAACGCAGCGCACCUGCGCCACGAGAACGUCGUGCGCGUCAUCGCGGCCACCACCUGCAUGCCAGCGGAUUUCGGAGACGAUAGCAGCAUCGGAGCGGUGCUCAUGGAGUUUGUGGGGGACAGAAACCUGCAGCAGAUCAUCUACGGUGGGUGUGACCCUCUGGAGGACAGGUGCCUCAGGUAUGCUACAGAUAUUGCACGCGGUCUGCGCUUCCUGCACUCACACAGCGUGCUGCACCUGGACAUUAAGCCAGCCAACGUGCUGGUGUCCGGGGAGGACGUGUGCAAAAUAGUAGAUUUCGGUUCUUCUCUGAAACUGGACCACAGAUGCGAGGUGAGCUGUCUCAGCCCGCAUCUGAGCCACGUCGGCGGCACGUACACGCACAGAGCCCCGGAGCUGCUGAAAGGAGAGGGGCUGUCUCCUAAAGCAGACAUCUUCUCCUUCGGGAUCACUCUGUGGCAGCUGAUCACCAGAGAGCAUCCCUACACCGGGGACCGGCAGCACGUGCUCUACGCGGUGGUGGCCCACAAUCUGCGACCGUCGGUCCAGGAGCACCCGGUGUUCCAGUCGGAGCAGGGCCGGCAGUGCAGGACUCUGCUGGGCCGCUGCUGGAGCGGGGACGGUCGCUGCAGACCGACUGCUCAGGAGCUGGUACCUCAGCUGGAGCAGAUCAGCUCCCAGACAUGAGACUGUUUUAUGCACAGGUGCACUGACAUGUUUUUAGGAACAUUUUAGAACGUGGACUGCCCUUAUCUUAAUGCCGAAUCUCGUUUAAAAAGCACACCAUUUAGUGCCUUCCUGUUUAUCUAUGAAAAUACAAUGUGCCUUACAAAAAUGACACUGUUAGACUAUCAUGAGGAUGUAAUGCUUCAAUUCGGCUUAUGUGACUCUAACGAGAAAAGCACUUAUUGUAAUAAAAACAGCUUUGAAUUCAUUCGUAUGGCUCACUCAGCCUGAAUAGAUGCAUUCAAGUUGCUUAACAGUGUAAAGUUAAAUGUAGUGUGUGUUGUGCAGGCAUCUGGUAAAUAUGUGGCUCCUCAUGAAACAAACAUUGUAACGGUAUUUUCUUAACCCUAUGGGGCUGUAUUGUGCUUCAUCUUUAAAUGU